GCUCAGUGUCGGCAGCAACCUACAGCCGUCUGCAAACUACUUUCCUCCCCCUACUGACCCUCUACACAGUUCACUCCUAAUCGAAACGAAAGUCGCCACGUCUUCUCGUCCGCAUCCACAUUUCGACGUCAUUAUUUCCCUCGUCUCCCGCCUUGCGACCCUAUAACUGAUUCCCUCCAACGGACGCACCCAUGGCCGACGACGCCUCCGCGUCCGCCGAGGACGUUCAACUUACCUUCAACGUGAAGGCGGCUUCCGACAAGAAGCUGGUCAUCACCAUGCCUGCCAGCUCUACCGUUGCCGACCUGAAAGCAAAGCUUGCCACGCCCGAAUACGCAGAUGUACCCGCCGAGAGGCAACGCUUGAUAUACUCUGGCCGCGUCCUCAAGGACCCGGAUACCCUCGCCAGUGCUAAGAUCAAGGACGGAAACACCAUUCACCUCGUGAAAGGGGCAGCGAGCAAUGCGCGUCAGAACCCCGCGAGUCAAGCGUCCGGCAGCACCGCGGCGGGAGCGGCUACGCCCCAGGUUCCCACCAACAUUGCUACGGGCACAGGAAGAGAUCCCCUUGCAGGGCUGACUGGAGCGCGGUAUGCCGGCUUCCAUGGUCUUCCCGGUGCAGACAUGUUUGGGCCAGAUGGUGGAAUGGGACCGCCUCCGGAUGCGCAGCAGAUGCUGGAGUUGAUGGAGAAUCCAAUGUUUGCAUCGCAAUUCAACGAAGCUAUGAAUAACCCCGCCGUCAUCGAGAUGAUAUCGAAUUCACCCAUGAUUCGCGAUAAUCCCAUGCUACAAAACAUGAUCCGGGACCCUCACAUGCGCAGAAUACUCUUCAAUCCUCAGAUGAUGCGUAUGCAGAUGGAGAUGCAGCGGGCCAUGAACAGGAGCGGAGAGCGCAUGACAGCGCCAGGCGUCACGGACACAACCCCCCAACCCACCACGAACACAGAAGGCAACGCCCCAUCGACGACGACAUCAGCCCAGCAAAACACGCCGGGGGCGGCCGCGCAGCAGAAUCCCUUUGCAGCAUUACUAGGUGGUGGAGCACCCACAGGCACCCAAGGCGCAACGCCCCAACCGAAUCUUGGUUUCGGAAACCUGUUCGGCACACCUUCUACAGGCGCAGAGGGCCAGCAGCAGCCGAAUCCCAUAGCGGAAAUGACGCGGCAGCUGAUGCAAGAUCCCGAAGCGAUGCGGGCCGCCAUGAACAUGUUCGGCCAGAUGCCCGCCGGAGCAGCAUUCGGCAUGCCUCCUCCAACUCAGAAUCCCGGCGCGGGAACCACUGGAACGACCAGUCCGCCACCGAACCCCUUCGCAUCGCUCUUCGGACCCGGUGCUCUUGGCGCAGGGGGGUUCGCAUCGCCUCCGCCGCAGGAUAACAGGCCCCCCGAGGAAGUGUACGAGGUGCAGCUUCGACAGCUGAAUGAGAUGGGUUUCUACGAGUUUGACAGGAAUGUGGCUGCGCUGCGGAGAAGUGGUGGCAAUGUGCAAGGCGCUAUCGAGCACCUCUUGAAUGGCGGUUCGUAGGACAAGGAUUGCCCUGAUGAUAGUUGCUAGUGUAUUUACACAGGGAUUGUAAUUUCUGCGGUGGUGGAUACAGGGUCGUUCAACCAGAUGGCCUGGUUCAUGAAGCGGCACAGCAGCAAUUCAUCACAAGCGUAAUCAUGUGUCUCGGAGGUUAAAGGCUUAGAUGUGCAGUUAUGGAUGCUGCGUCCUUCGGUCGUCAGAGUCCCGGCAGGAAAGAAAUGUAUCUUUAUUGGAGCGCAUGCCAUUGUUUGUGUCGCUUCGCUGUUGUCUUCUGUUCAAUAUCCCGGAGCCUUUCGAUAAAGUGGAAUGUCUUGGAAGUUCUGGAAUGGAAAAGCCUCUCUACGGAAUAUCAUAUAGGGCCAUUGGAAAGGAUUAUAAGGUAUCGCAUAUAAUAUGGCUGAAGGGCUG